CAAACAGGUAAUGAGGAAGCAGACAAAACAAUUCCCAAUAAAUAACUCCCCCACCACCAUGAAUUGCAGUCUAAGCCAACAUUUCAGCAAAUAAACGGCAUCCCCCGUCUCUGUCUCUUUCUCUCUCUCUACAAAUUAAAAAAAAAAAAAAAACACUCUCUCUCCCUCAUUAAAACUAAAACCCGUCUGCAAACUUCACCCAUCAAUGGCGUAAAGCAAUAUCUAUAUUAUUGGGUACCAAAAUAGCGUUAUAAAAACUAAAUAUUUUGCAUCAAUUCUUGAAGAACAUCUAUUGCAGAGUCUACUAGAGAGAGAGAGUGCAGAUAGGAGUAUAUAUUUAUACACUCGUAUAUGUGUAUGAAGAAGAUUGAUAAUAGCAAAUCUGGGAAAGGCAGGAGAGUUGUUGUUCGAUGGAAUCUUCGAUUGUCUCCAUGAAAUCAGGGCCGCUUUGGCCUUCGCUAGGAUGAGCGAAUCUGCUUACCGUGUUGAAACGACGUCGCGCCUUGCCCAAUGGAGGAUCGAAAACCUGGCCACCUGUACUUACCGAAAAUCCGAUCCUUUCAAGAUGGGAAAGUGGAAUUGGCAUUUAUCUUUGGAGAAGAAUCGGACGUUGAUUAUUAAACUAUACCCAGAGAUAUCUAAUUUAACGAGAGAGAACCCUCCGAUUGCAUCUUUUGUUAUUCGAUUACUCUGUUCUUCUGGAGGUCGCAAGGCUUUAAUCCACCCAGAAAUUGCUGACAAGCAACUCAAGAGUAACGAAGAUUUUGUUUGGGCUGUUGAGGUUCCUGUAACUGGGAAAUUCAUCAUCGAAGUUGAAUUUAUUGAUUUGAAGAUUGCAUCUCCUGAGGGUGAGGAACCUUAUUCUAUCUGGGCUGAAGAAUUUCCACAAAAACAAUCGAAUGCAAGAGCCCUUACGUCGCUUGGUAGAAUGUUAUCAGAAGGUAUUCACACCGACAUUGUAAUCAAUGCUUCUAAUGGAAGCAUUGGAGCCCAUCGUGCAGUUCUUGCCACGCGGUCACCUGUCUUCCGGAGCAUGUUCUCGCAUAACCUCAAAGAGAAUGAACUAUCCACCAUUGAAAUCUCCGACUUGUCUAUCGAAGCUUGCCAGGCUUUUCUUAGUUACAUUUAUGGGAACAUACAACACAAAGAAUUUCUGGCUCAAAGGCUGGCACUUCUUCGAGCAGCUGAUAAGUACGACAUUCUAGACCUGAAAGUGGCAUGCCAUGAGAGUCUUCUUGAGGACAUUGAUACUAAGAAUGUGCUUGAGAGGCUUCAAUAUGCUUCUCUAUAUCAAUUGCCUAGACUGAAGACCUGUUGCAUGCAGUAUCUUGUGAAGUUCGGUAAGAUAUUCGACAUUCGAGAUGAUUUCGAUUCUUUCCUUCAAUUUGCAGACAGGGAGCUUAUUGCUGAAAUCUUCAAUGAAGUUCUUGCAUCCUGGAAAGGCUUCUGAAACUCUUCCUAUGUGUCUGUAGUUGUUGGUUAUGUCCAUGAAAUGGAAUUGUUUGAAGAAUUGUGUGGUGCAAAAAUUGUUGCCAAGAAUAUUUAUAUUCUUUUGGUUCAAAUUCGAUUUGUUCUGUGUAAAAUGUACAUAAUAUUAGUUUCAAUGAAACAGAUCUUACUACCCUGUUUAUAUAGGUGUACAUGGUCAUGAAUGUGUCAUAAUUCAAUUAUCACUGAUGUAUAAUGUCAAAAAUAUAUAUUGUUAUUUAAGCAAA